CCAGUCAACGGAAAUGUAAAUGUGAUCGGGAAUGUAAACAGUAAUAAAAAUGCCAAAGUUUCAGUUGCAGGGCCGUUCUCGAAGAAAAGAGAUCAGGAAAAGAACGAUCAUGAAGAGAGUCGAAUUAGAAAUGGAAGAAUAGUAGCGGAAGAGAAUAAUGGUUUGAAUGACGAGGUCGACAAUUUCUUCAAAAGUCCCCCUGAAACUGAAAAACAAUCGAACCAACCUGUUUAA